CUGACAGGAAUAGGUAGCAGAUUUCUUUUACUGAAGACAAUCAAGUAGUUUUCUGCUUAUCUUUAUUGAUAUUCUGGAUUUAAAAAUUACUCUCACUUAACUCCCUCAGCUGUCAUGUUGGCAUUUGAUCUUGUACAGUAUCUUUGACUCUGCUGGCUAGUCCAGCAAUUUAAACCUAUUAUUAACCUAUUAGGAAGCAUAACAACCAAUUUGCAUAUAGUAAAACCCCACAAAUGGCAACAAUUGAAUGGCUGAAUAAUCUGUUUCAGAUGUUUUAAUUGAUAGGAAAACCAGAGAAAUGUGCCUUGCUGUUCCUUGACAUAAUGUCAGGGAUCUUUACUGCUGUCUGGACUUGAGGCUGACGUCAAAACAUCUUUCAUGAGGGUGAACCCUUGCAAGCAGUCAGGCCCUGAUGGUGUAACCUGAUGUGUCUAUAAUAUUUCUUAUUGUAAUUUAUAAUAUUUCUAUUAUGUAUUGCAAUGUACUGCUGCCAAAAAGCAGCAUAUUUCAAGACACUUACAAGUGGUUUAAACCAGAUUCUGACUCCUGACAAGACAUGCCAUGCCAUUUUAAGGUUUUAUCCAAUGUGCAGUGCAUGACUUCCUUAGCCCUGCUCCAGAGAGCGCUGGCCUAAAUCUGUUGCACAAGAUGGGGACUGAAUCAGAAGCAGAAGUGUUACACUCAUCCGUGGCUGACUCCAAUCAAUUGUUGCCAUACCAGAGAGGAAGCACUUACAAGGUGCAGGCACGUUAGCUGAAGGCUAUUUUAAGUGACUCGAGCGUGAUGGUUGUGCCUGCUAUGCAUGUGAUCUCCACACUGUACUCUGCCAAGCAUUUUGUUAGCAGCAAAGGGGAAACUAAACAUUGAGAAUGGGGGGUAGGGGGAAGCUUGGACAAUGUGCCACAUUUUGGCCAUUUUGACCCGGAAUCUUGUGCAAAAUUAAUUUCAGUAGUGAAGGGGAUUAUUUCCACUCAGAGACUGCGUUUGCUUGUUAGCCAUUUUGAUCGGCAGAUUUAAGAAAGAAAGGUUGGGAGACUGGAAUGCUGUAUGACAGGUUGUGUUCAAUUCAGCAGGCUGGGGUAUUCUGAAACAUGCAAAUACCUGCAAAUAAAACUAUUACGGUUCAUUGCAUGGCAGUGAGGACGGCACUGCUGACCUAUGAACUUACGUCACUUUCUUCAAAAAGAUUGUUAUACUUUAAAACUGUUAUUUUGUCACACGUGAUUGCUGCAAUAAUAUUUGGCAAAAUUAGUUAAAAGAAAUAGAAAUGCCAGGUAAUUGAAAAAAAGCAAAUCUAAUAAUUAUUUGGUAAACUUUGAGCCAGUAUCUUUGAUAUUAUAACAGUAAGUUAAUUGAUUUUUUUUACAUUUAAAAAUAUUAUUGCUUUGUUUUUCAAAUAACUUCAUUAAUCGCCCAUACAAUUCUGGUCUUGUUGGGAAUUUUCCUUCUGUUUCUGGCAAAGCGAAACUAGAUCCGGUAACACAUUAUAUUGGCUUUUGUUUUUUUCUGUGUCAUUUUACUUUGCUGGCAAAGUGCGUUGAUUUGCAAGCGAGGAGGUGGGGAGAAUUGCUUCAGGCCUGUGAUCGCUUUUGGUUUCUGAAGGUUGAAGCUUUCCUGCACUCCCAGCUGUUGUAAAAGCAAACCCAUUUGACCGAGACGGUCGCUCUGGGGAGAUUUCACUGGUGUUUGUGUGUUCUUUUGUGACCCAGAGGUUGGUAAACAAGGGGGGAAAUGCUGCACAGGAUUCUAUGUUUGUUGAUCUUGGCAGAAGUUCAAGUUUUGCUACGAACUCACGAUGUCCCAUUGGCAGGACCUGAAACUUUUUUUCGUGUGUGUGUGUGUGUAUGCGUGUGUGGUGUUUUACCAGUGCCUGUCAAACCGACCAUUUUGCACAGGCUCAGUUCUGACAUUUCCUGUCUUGGGUUAUCAUCACUUCUCCUAAAGACGACGCUACGUUGCAGCACCAACGCCCCCUUCCACCCGCGGGUUCUCGUCUCCACCGAAAGGUUUGCGGCAGGAUUUUACUUGCAGUAUCCAUGGCAAUGUGAAGUGCUCCAAGUUCUGAGAAGUCCAGCAUGUUUACAGUCAUUGUGUCAUCAGAUUAGGCUGCUGCCCCAGUCCUCAGUACGUGGAUUUCUGCUCUACAGUCUCCCCAUGCCACACACCAUUCCCCGGCCAAAAGGGCAAGAAAGAAGACAUGGUUCUUCGUGUAAGGCGACCCUCUCACCAGCUUCAUCAACCUCCAAUUCCACAACAUCACCAGUCCCAAUGAAAUCUAAAGCCUGCAGUAGCCAUACCACCAUUGGUAGCAACUCCAAGCCAUUCAAGACACCAAAAGACAAUCUACAAACCUCCAAUAAUAAGCAGCAACAGGCAGUCUUUCCUUCCAAAGUAACAAAAGAUAAAUCAUGUGUUCCUGUCCCAGUAGUCAGUCUUGAGAAGAUCCCUAACCUGGUGAAAACAGAUGGUGCCAAUGUUAAAAUGAGUUCCACCACUGCUACCACCUCUACCACCUCUUCUGCCUCCUCAUCCUCCAUAUCUUCUGCAAGUUUGGUUAAAUCUGGUUUGACAUCAACAACAUCAAAGUCUGUGCAACCUUCAUCUGAGAAGAUUUUGAAUGGGAAAGCAAUAGUGCCGCUUGUGGUAGACAAGAAACAUCAGAAUGGUGCUAAAAGUAAUAACAAAUCGCACAAAAGACUUUCUGAGAGGGAAUUUGAUCCCAACAGACAUUGUGGUGUUACGGAUCCUGAGACAAAGAAGCCAUGUACAAGGUCACUUACCUGCAAGACCCAUUCACUUAACCAUCGGAGAGCAGUACCGGGUCGAAGGAAACAAUUUGACAUUCUUCUUGCUGAACACAAAGCUCGCUCGAGGGAGAAAGAAACUGUGAAGGAUAAGGAGCACCCUCCGAUGUCAAAGGACAUUCUUCAGAACCAGUCAAUGCCUACACAAGAGCAGGUUACAGGAUCUUUAAUAAACUCUGGUUUGGAGACUAAACUUGCAUCGCCAGCAAAAUCUAGAUCAUUGAGCACUGUUCUUGCGAGCCGAGUUUCAGCCAUCAACAGUGUAAAUAAUAUGGCAUCUAGCAGUGCAACAGUAUUGGAAUUGCCAUUGUCCAUAAUCGGAGACUUAGCAAACCGAAUGUCCAGUGACGAAGGAGAAGUGGAUGGCUCAGAGGAAACUGAGAAACUGGACUGUCAUUAUUCUGGGCACCACCCAAAGCCACUAGGAUAUUGCACUUUUGGAAGUCGCCUAAUGGGCAGAGGUUUCUAUGUCUUUGACAGAAGAUGGAACCGUUUUCGACUGGCGCUUAAUUCAAUGGUAGAAAAGCACCUAAAUUCACAGAUGUGGAAGAAAAUUCCUCCUGCAGCGGACAGCCCCAUGCCAUCACCCACAACUUUUUCCACAUCAGUGCUGCAGCCUUUAAGCAGCCCUUCUGCAGUUUAUCUUCCUUCAAGCUCAGCAAUUACUCCCUCUUAUGUAAUGACGGCCCCCAUGUUGUCAUCUGCAGGGUUUGUGACCACAACAGACACCAAACCCAUCAUGUCAUACAAUGCUGCCUUUCCACAUGCAGCCACUGCAUUUAGUUUGAUGGAUUCUGCGUUCAAAGCCCCGUCGUUAUUGUCACCAGUACCUGCUGUUGUUCCUUCCCCGUUGCUCAGUAAACCACUGAAAACGAAAACCAGCAGAUCGUCCAAAGUUAAGGACCUUCCUACCCGCAGUGAGAGGGGCUUGUGUAGUAAGAGGAAGAAACCGCCACCUCCUGUCUCCUCCCCAUUCCCUUCGACAUUACAGAGCUCUGCUUCAACGCCAUCGUUUUCAGGAUCACACAAAAGGAACUGCAUACUGAACCCUGGCACUGCAUUGAACUCAUUUCCAGCCACAUCUUCCUACAGCGCAAUGUCUGUGCACAAUACGAACAAUGGAACCAACGCACUCAGUGCCAAAAUAGACCCCUCAGGACGGACUACUCUGCCUGGCAGCUCGACAGACUCUAUUAAACACAUGAGCAUGGUGGUAAGCAGUAUUGACCCCACUCUGUCUGUUUCUUCCCUGGUGCAUCACCCAGGGGACCAUGCACUAGUAGCACAUAACGCUAUGUCUUCGCUGCCCCUUCCUUUUGACAAGUCAGAAGGUAAAAAACGUAAAAACUCUAGUUCCAGCAGUAAAUCCAAUAAAAUAACCAAAAUGCCUGGUAUGAACAGUGUUCACAAACGAAGUGCUGCCAACGUCAUGUCUUCAGUCUCGGAAUCUUCGAACAAUUCUGUUUCCCGCCAGGCAUUCUUAGAAGAUUGAAAUCCAGAAAUUGGUUGUACUUUGAUUAGAUCCACUCAAGUUAAAGGACGAUAAUCUAUCAACAACUGGCAUAUGAAACUUAGUAGGUGCAAAAAAAAGUGACUUCCUUACAUGUACAAAGAUCCCCCAUAGAGGCCAGGACUGUGAUAAUAUGUCCUGAUGAAUAGUAGUUACCUUAAUUUUGACAGAUGCCCUGAGAAACAUGUGGAAACUUGUACAUGCUCUUGUCACCUGCAAUAUUAUUGUGUGUAUUAUGGGAGAGAGAGGGAGACUGCAUGCAAAGCUUAAAUCACAGACCAAUUCUUAAGAAUAAAUCAAAUGACACAUAAUUAAAAUUCCAUUUUAGAACCUAUUUUCUGCAGUUUAUUGGUACCUUUUUGUAAAGUAAACUUAAUAUACAUAAAGUUAAUUCAUAAUCCAAGUGCCAGUUCCGAAUCAAAUAAAUACAUUUAAAAUAUGUAAUAGCUUUUAUAUCUUAUGCUCCCAUCAAGAGUUUUAUCAGGAUCAAAGCCCUUAUUUACGUUAUUGACUGGCAUAAUGAAUAAUUUGUCACACAAUAUCAUAAUCAUACUAAUAAAUUACAAUUAUCUGAUGUACUUAUAAUCCACAUCGACACACAUAGCACCCAAGGUCCGGACUGAACCUGGGCGUUUGGAACUGUGAAGCCACAGAUCAAACUGUGACACACUGCAACUUCUAAUCAUUUGUUCUUAUUGUAGUUUUCGUUUGACCAUUGGAAAAAUGCUGUUCUGUUGUUUUAACACAAUCUAAAUCAGAAUCCUGAUGGCAUUUUGUACUCCAUUUCCUUAAGUCUGAUUGAGUAAUGUUAACCUGGCAGACUCAUGAAGGACCAUGGUAACCUUGGCAACAUAUUUUAGUAGUUUAACCAACAGGUAUAUCAAAAUAAAUACUUCCUGUUCAGUGAAUCACCUGCUAUUGGAGUUCCUAAUAUUUAAUCCCUGAUUAAGCUCCAACAAUUUAGGUAGCCAAUAUCUAUUAGGUGCUCAAAAUUGUAUUUGCAAAGACAUCUAGCAGUUAUUCACAGGUGGACCUCUCUGAUGUUGACAUUGGGCCAUUGGGCCUUUGAAAGUAAACUUCUUCACUACCCCUAACACAUAGUGAACAGGCUGAAUGACUUGUUUUCUACUUUUAUCAAUGUGUACAAGUACACCACAUUGAUAAGUGUAGAAACAAGUUACUGUUAGACCAAAUCCCCAAUCCCUGCCUCAAAUGCUUACACUACCACAUUUAUGCUCCAAGCUGCUGCUAUAGUUCAAUUCUGUUUCAAGUUUCAUUGUAUUGUGGGUUCCAGCAAAUACAAUUCAGAAAUCAAAAUGUACGUGCCUUUGUAAACAUUUAUUUAUUAGACUCAAUGUUGUAAUCCACCUGUCAUUAAUAUAGAACCUUUAUCUCAGCUAAAGCAAAUCUCGUGUUGGAGAGUCAUUUCACGCAGAGGUUUCACAACAGAAUUAGGUAUUAAAUCACCACUGCAAUCCUAAUCCUAAUCACAGACAUUUUUUUUAAAUUGUAAGGAGUUCACCAGCGGCCAUUGUUUUCCCCUGAGAUUUUCACAGUUCGAAAUAGAAUGAAGACUGGCAACAUCAGUGAAAUGUUUAAUUAGGGGUUGAUUUUUAAAUCAGAUUAUUGAGGUUCCCCAUGUAGUUGGAAAACCAGUCCAGAAAGUCAAAAAAAAAGGGUAAGAUCAUUGAAGAAUAACGGUCAACAGGUGGUCUGGAGACAAAAUGGUUGUGAGCAGGAGUGAAGGUUGCUAUUUGCUAUUAAAAUUGUGAUGGAAAGUAUAAAGAACGGGUGUAUUUAAUGAUAGUUAUAAAUUACCGGACACCCUUUAAAUGUUUACCAAAUGUUCUCACCAUCAACUGUUGGGUUGGGAACAUUCAGGUUUGAGCUGAGAAUCCUAGUACAGUAUUUAAUUAGAAACACCUUUCAACACAUGAUAUGCUGAAUGAAUAUUAAUGAGCGUCUCAGAAAAGACCAUACAAAGUUUUAACAAAAGCUGGAGAAUAAAGAGAAUGAAGGCAGUAAAACUGAUUGCGGCUCAAGACUGACAUACCGCUGAGGACGUUUCCUGCGACUUGGGAAAAGCAUUAAAGGAACUCCACUUGGCAACUGCUUCCUUUUGCAAAAAAAAGGUUGAACAAGGCAGCUUAACCAAUGAAAUUAUUGCAACAAGGCAUGAUGCAAGUCAUGGAAAUCAUUUCUGUCUGCAAUGAACCUCCAAUGUUGUGUUCUUUUGGCGAACUGCCCACUUGUUGAUACAGACAAAAGGCCCACAGGUUGACUCUAUUCAUUGUAAACAAAAUUCUAAAUUGCUGGAAAUACUAACCAAGUUCAUUGGAGUCGGCAAAAUGAUGAAGCAUACAAGACUUUAAGAUAUAGGAGCAGAAUUAGGCCAUUUGGCCCAUUGUCUGCUCCGCCAUUUCAUCAUGGAUGCUCCAAUUUUUCCUCUCAGCCCCAAUCUUCUGCCUUCUCCCCAUAUCCAUUCAUGCCCUGACCAAUCAAGAAUCUAUCAACCUCUGCCUUAAACAUACAUAAAGACUUGGGCUCUGUAGCAGCCUGUGGCAAAGAUCUCUACAGCUACACCAAUCUCUGAAGAAAUUCCUCCUCAUCUCCGUACUAAAAAAGACACCCCUCUGUUCUGAGGCUGUGACUUCUGGCCUUAAGACUCUUCCACCAUAUGUGCUGGCCAUUAACUAUGGUUACUGAAAUAUGUGAGGUGUUUAAUGGAAUUACAGAAGUGAGAAAGUGUUCUAUCAAACUAAUUUUGUUUCAGUUACCCACUUAUUGUAUUCUGUUCUAUUUAAAGACAGUACAAGGUAAAAUUAUAAAGUUUCUUCACAGAAACUAAGUUUGCUGUAUUUCAACCAUCUUGUUUUUUGUAUUUUUGAAGAGGUCUUUCUACAUCAUUACUUUAUUAAUGAAAUAUAGCAUUCAGUGUGAUUCACCUGUAUAGGGAAGGCACUCCAAAAGUACUGAUGGGUAGGUCAAAAUCCUGGAAUUGUGUAGCUGCUGAUCAGUUGUGUGUUUCGUAUUCCAGCAUUUUGACCCCAGUUACAGUUUAAUUUUUGUUUGUUAAUUUUCAUUAGUGUUUCCAUUAUCAGCAUUUGGGAAUCAAUCAACAUCUUGAAAAUAAGAAAUUUUAACAAGCCAUGUAAAUUGCAUAUAGUCUAUUAAAAUACAGCAUUUUUAUCAAAGCAAUGGUAUGAAUGGUUAAAUCAUAAAUCAGAAUGGUAUAGCUUCUGAAUUCUCUGGCUGCUGUUUUUGAUUAAGUGGCAGUCCUAUCAGACUUCCUGUUUUUCACCUAAAAAUGUUAAAAUUGUAAUUUAAGGGAUUUUUUAAACAAUAUAAUUCUGAAAUUACUAUUAAGUCAAUCAUUUAUCCAUAAAAUACACAUUUUUCCACACAGUUAGCAAGUAGAAUAGGCUGCUGGAAACCAUGCAGGAAGGAACAAUAAAGAGGCAUCUUCACAGACAUAUGGAAUUAGUAUAGACAGCGUGUGGGUUAACAAGAUGUGGUAGGCAAAAGACCAAGUUUUAUGUUCUCUUGUGUGUUAAAUUUUAAUGUAAGAAAAUGAACAACAAUCUUGUUAUUCUGAUUUCUUCACUACUCGUUAAUUAUUGCUUUCUGCUGAAGACCGUGUUACUUGCACUCCAUGCCAUCUUAUGAAACUGUAGUGUCAAAAGUCACUACCAUCAGCCGUCACUGACCUUUGGGCAACUUGCAAGCUCUCAGUUCCAAGUUAUGCCACUGGAUGGAGCAUUCUGCUCACAAUAUUAGUUUCCCCUGCAAUAUUCCCAGAAAGUGUUUUGUAUAAAAUGCAGAAAAGGUCUUAACUUGAUAAAAAUAUUUUGCGAGUAGGGCGAAGUCAUUUACAAUAUUUCUAAAAUUGUGAUGUUUAAGGCUAUAUUUACAUUGUGAAUACUGCUCACAAGUUGCUGUAUUAUUAAUUUGUGGCUGUUACUUCUUUAACUUGCCUGGCUGUAGUUGGAACUGUCAGAUCCAGGAGUCCUUUGAUAAUAGGGUGAUCUCCAUUCUCAGAUUUUAAAAUGAAACAUGAUCACAGGUAGAGGAAUUUAAAUAGUCACAAAAUUCUUGAGCACUUUACCAACCACAAAGUUCUGUAUUUGGAGUGCCCCACUUAAGAGAUGUGAUAUCAAAUUGCACCCCUAACAGGCCUAAAGUUAUAUAUGCACUCUCCAUUACCAGCACACUGUUGGUAUUCCAUGUCCCUUCUAUAAAAUGCACUACAACAACUUAAGUCUUUUUUUACAUCAUCUCCUAACCCCGCUACAUCUAAUAGCAAGAUCGGAAAGGCAUGUGGCAAUGUCAUCUAAUUUGGUGUGUGGCAUCACUGCUAAGUUAGUCAAAGUAAAAUCUGAUAUUCAUUUGCCAAGGUUACAUUACAAUGCCAAGGUUAGCAGAAAAUGAUGACUGAUAAGUGAAGGAAAAAGAUUAAAGAACAGCUGGUGAAAUCUGUGAAGUUGACCACAGUCUCUCAAUUUUAAAUAUAUACUUAAAGAACUCUUGUUUUCAAAGAAAUAAAAAUUACUGCACAACUAACAGUUUUGAAAGGCCCGUUACCUUUUAUAUUUACUUGAUAUUCAUCAACAUCAUGUGUCAUGUUGUAUGAUUUGGGUGAUUAGGGUCAAUGACCAUGAUUAUUCUCGGCAAAUUCUACAGAAGAGGUUUAUCAUUGCCGCCUUCUGGGCAGUGUCUUUACAAGACAGGUGGCCCCAACCAUUAUCAAUACUCUUCAGAGAUUGCCUGCCUGGCAUUAGUGGCCUCAUACCCAGGACUUAUGAUAUACAUCGGCUGUUUGUGCAAUCACUCACCACCUGCUCCCAAAGCUUCACGGGAUCCUGACGGGGCUAAGCAGGUUUCCCAAGGGUGAUCUGCAAGCUAGCGGAGGGAAGGCGCCUUACACCUCCUUUGGUAGAAACAUAUCUCCCCCGCCACUUAAUAGAUUAAUAUCUGAAAGCUGAAUAGAUUACCUCUAAAGACGUAAUGUGAUGUUGAUUCUGAGCUACCAGCAGGGUACGUGCAUCUAUUAGCAUGGAGAGAAUAAAAGAGCUUUCUUGGGAAUCAAUUAAGUCAAUGGAAUAGAGGGAGGGAGAGCAUAUUAGUCUGCAAGCUUGGAACACCAGGAGAGUGCAGGAAGUCAGAGCAGUGGAAUGCAGAAAGCUUGGAACACCAGGAGAGUAUGGGAACAGGAGAUGUGCAGGAAGUCAGAGCAGUAGAAUGCAGAAAGAUGCAGGAAAAAGCAGCACAAGAAAAGACAAUAAACAUCUGAAAGUAUGAGGCAUAUAAAAGACGAAUGAAUAGCAAGACAGUAUUCAGAAGUACAUUGCAAAAGCUGUGAGGGACAAGCCACGGGAAAAAAAAAAGCCAGAAAGGGAACUGUGCCAGAAUGAUUCUGGGGAAACAAUACAUGAGGAGAUACGACAGAGUCACAGUGAGCAAAAUGGCAACGUGAAAAAAGGCAUGACACUGAAAUGGGUCAGGGCAGAGCUACAGUCCCAUGAUCUGACCCAACGAGAGCAGCCAGUUGGGCAAUAGUUAUGCAGCACUCAAGAGAACAGCCUGGGGGGAAAAGUCCCAAGACUUCUAUACUUAAAUCACACAAGAUUCAAGCUUACCAACAGUGAAAUCUGUCAUCACAUCAUGGAUAAAUGCAAUCUCCGUGAUUAACAGGUCCAGAAUUAUAAGAUAAUUAGAGAAUAAUAAUUAUAGCUUUGUAAAAUUCAAGAAUGCACCUGAUGGUGCAUCACCAUACAGAAUGCUAGUUGAUCCAACAGUAAGCAGUAGACAGCAAAGCAUAAAGCAUAAAAGCUAUUGCCCUCUCCUAUUAUUACUGCUUAAUUCAUGGAACAUUUAAUAGCUGCAAUUGGGAUCACAACAAACAAGGGUAUAACGUUAAAAAAUUCAAAGGCAGGAAUAUAAGAGGCAAGAACAUAACAGGUAAAAGGUCACUCUGCUUCUCAAGCCUACUCUGCCAUUCUAAAAAAUCACAACUACUCUGAUCUUGGCUAAAAUUCCACUACCUUAUUUGUUGCCUUUAACCCUUCAUGUACCUGUUGAGCAAAAAUUCAGCCUUCAUUGAUCCUGCCUCCACAUUUCUCUGGGGUAGGGAAUACCAAAGAUUUAUUAACCUCAAAAAAUGAUUCGCUCUCAUUAUAAAUGGUGCAUUAAAUGAAAGCCCCCCUUCUGAAAAUAAGCUGCUACUUUCAGAUACUCUCAGCGGUAUCAUCACAGGAUCUACAUUGUCAAACUCUUCUGGAAUCCCUUGUUUGUUCUAAACCCUAAGCAGAAGUCCAAAGUAUUCAAAUGUUUCUUAAGUCAACCCUUUCAUUUGAGGAAAUAAAAUAAAUGGUGGAAAGAGAAACAAAAUUAAGAUUUUGGUCACAGAGCAUUCAUCAAACUAGUAAAGCUGCUCUGAAAUACCUCGAAUGCAGAGUAUUUCUUUGAUUAAAGAUACCAAGAUUGUAGGCUGUACACUGACUUACAAGAUUUCUUUCUCCGCUCCCUUCUGCAAUAAAAGACAAUCUGACUAUUCAUGUUGCGAAUUAUUUCUAUGUCUAUAUAUUAGCUUUGUUUUUGAUUUUCCGUACGUUCUACUCCGAGAUUUGUUUUGGCCGCAUGUGCCCUCGCAACCUGCUUUCCCACCUGUCUUUGUAGUCAGCCAAUCUGCCUGUAACGAACUCUCGGUAAUCUUUUACCCAUUAAAAAGCUGAUUUUACUUCAGUGUACACCACUGUAAUCCUCGUCACCUUAAUUCAUUGGGACUGAAAUCCUUUCGAGGGAACGGUCUGCAGCAGUGGUAUGGUUAUCCCUCGACUAUAGAUAACAUUCAAUUUUCCAGUAUAGUUCGUGGGGUAGAAAAGUAUCUUUGGUCAUUUAACACCAGAGAAACAUUGGACGCUGGAUUGGUAGCACACUGGAUUCCUCGCUUGCUCUGUCAGACCCGAGGUGUCCCUCAUUCGGCUGAUCCGAAGAUCCCUCGGUGACAGACUCCAACAACCCGAACCGGCACCGGGUUGCCAAUGGACCGGACCCAGGUAAUCCAAGACCCCCGAAUCUUAUGCAUCGGCCCCGGGUCAAGUUCAGGGGACGCUCGGAAUCGACCUCCAGCACCCAGCU